AUGUUAGCGGAACGUCUCAAGGCAGUGGGGUUUGAUGCAAGCAGUGAAAAGACUGAAGUUGAGGAUGUCCCGGUGUCUAUGGGAACUACGUUGGUGGGUUUGAAGUAUGAUGGUGGUGUGGUUUUAGCUGCGGACUCCCGGACUUCAAGUAUUCCGGUUGUGAGCAGUGCAUAUGCCCGGAAGAUAAACAGAGUGUCAGAUAACAUUUACGUGUGCAGGGCGGGUCGUGCGAGUCAUACCAUGUACGUGGGGCGAUUGCUGAAGAAUCUGAUGGAGCAACAUCAGGUUGAAAUGAGUGGUAGUGGAACAAGUUCAUUGGCUAUCCCGUCUGUAAAAAGCGCCGCCAGCGUCGCAAGGAUCAUUUGCUACAACAAUCGUGACGUGCUGCUCAGCAGUCUUCUCAUCGGAGGCGUGGAUCCCGUAGACGGACCACAGCUGUACAACAUCGGACAGGGAGGCGCUCUGUUUACCAGAAACAUAAUCACCUGCGGGUCAGGAGGCACUUACAUCUCGGGGCUGGCCGACUCACUCUAUAAAUCAAACCUGUCCAAAGAUGAGGCAAUCAAGCUCGUCACCCUAUUAGUCAACCACGCCAUGAUGAGAGACAACGGCUCAGGAGGCAUCAUCAGGUACGUCGUCAUUGACCAGCAAGACGGAACAUCCGAGCACUUUGUCUCCUCAGCAAACCUUCAGAAACUCGAAACUAAAAUGGCCCACUCUGCUUGCUGA